AUGAAUUCUGAUUCGAGCUCUGUCUCCAGCAGAGCUUCAUCUCCGGACAUGGACGAGAUGUAUCUGAGGGACCACCACCACCGCCAUCACCACCACCAGGAGAGCCGCCUCAACUCGGUCUCAUCCACGCAGGGCGAUAUGGUGCAGAAGAUGCCCGGGGAAAGCCUCUCGCGGGCCGGCGCCAAGGCCGCGGGCGAGAGCAGCAAGUACAAAAUCAAGAAGCAGCUGUCGGAGCAGGAUCUACAGCAGUUGCGGUUGAAGAUCAACGGACGCGAGCGCAAGCGGAUGCAUGACCUGAACCUCGCCAUGGACGGGCUGCGCGAGGUCAUGCCAUAUGCGCACGGGCCCUCGGUACGCAAGCUCUCCAAGAUCGCCACUCUCCUGCUGGCCAGAAACUACAUCCUCAUGCUCACCAGCUCCCUGGAGGAGAUGAAGAGGUUGGUUGGUGAGAUCUAUGGGGGCCACCACUCGGCCUUCCACUGCGGGACCGUGGGCCACUCGGCCGGCCAUCCGGCGCACGCCGCCAACGCCGUGCACCCGGUGCACCCCAUCCUGGGCGGCGCGCUCUCGUCCGGCAACGCGUCGUCACCGCUGUCCGCCGCCUCGCUGCCCGCCAUCGGCACCAUCCGGCCUCCCCACUCGCUCCUCAAGGCACCCUCCACGCCACCCGCGCUGCAGCUGGGCAGCGGCUUCCAGCACUGGGCCGGGCUGCCCUGCCCCUGCACCAUCUGCCAGAUGCCGCCGCCGCCGCACCUGUCCGCUCUCUCCACCGCCAACAUGGCCCGGCUGUCGGCCGAGUCCAAGGACUUGCUCAAGUGA